GCUCAGUCUCCUCUGUAUUGGAUGCUAUGAGUUUGUGGAUAUAGUGCUCCUGAGGACUAUCUGUGCGUUGGUGCUUGUGGUGUUUCCCCAUACUGUUCGCGCUGUGUUGUUGGUCUGCCAGGGAGAGGCUAAAUAACUUCUUAUCAAUGAAGGAAAGAAGAACAAGCCAAAAAUUGUCCAGCAAAUCUAUGAUGGAUCCAAACCUGAAUGUAAAAUGUAAAAUUGUAGUGGUCGGAGACAGCCAGUGCGGGAAAACAGCUCUGCUGCAUGUAUUUGCCAAGGACUCAUUCCCCGAGAAUUAUGUUCCCACUGUAUUUGAGAAUUACACUGCCAGUUUUGAAAUUGACACACAGAGAAUAGAACUCAGUCUCUGGGACACAUCUGGUUCUCCAUAUUACGACAAUGUCCGUCCACUUUCUUACCCAGAUUCUGAUGCUGUGUUGAUAUGUUUUGACAUCAGUCGACCAGAGACUCUUGAUAGCGUUCUUAAAAAGUGGAAAGGGGAAAUUCAGGAAUUUUGUCCUAAUACUAAAAUGCUGCUCGUUGGCUGCAAGUCUGACCUACGGACGGAUCUCUCUACUUUAGUAGAACUAUCCAACCACAGGCAAACACCAGUGUCAUAUGAUCAGGGUGCAAAUAUGGCCAAACAAAUUGGCGCAGCCACCUACAUAGAGUGCUCAUCUCUUCAGUCUGAAAACAGUGUGAGAGACAUUUUUCACGUUGCAACGCUGGCAUGCGUAAAUAAAACUAACAAAAACCUAAAAAGGAACAAAACUCAAAGAACAACUAAAAGAAUUUCGCACAUGCCCAGUAGACCAGAACUGACCACAGUAGCUACGGAUUUGCGAAAGGACAAAGCAAAAAGUUGUAGUAUAAUGUGAAGUGUCUAGGCUGAUUUAUUUUUUUUCCUUAAUGGCAAGUCGUCUUAAAGACUUAAUGAAGGGCACUAUCUAAGUUCUGUUGGUAAUCCAAUACUGUUAAGGAUAUACGUCACCUUCAGUUUGGCAUCUUUAGGAUUCAGCAUAUAAGAGUGGAGUAAAAUGAUGUGUUUUUUAAAUGUAAGCUGGAAGAAAAGCCAAAAAAAAAUUGAUUGGAAUGUGUAGAAGAAUGAAAAGCAAUGUGGGGUAAAUGACCAUCCUAAAUGAUACUAGGAUGGAUAAUAGAUAUAUUUGGUUGGUUGACCGACAGGUCAUACUGAAAGGACGAGCUUAGUCUGCUUAUUAAGUCCAACACCUGUAUCUGCAUUCUGGAAUAUUAUCAUUUUAUUUGCUAAAUACAACCUUGUGUAUCCCUCAAAACUGGAGUUUUUUUUAAAAGAAAAAACAAACCAUUGGAUGCUCGGACGAAAUGCGCUGUUAAAUAAUUUCUUGGACGUUCUACAAGUUCUUUCACAAUGGAUGUCAAAAACUACAUUCUUGAGAGAUAUUGGUGGCUUUUAUAUUUGUACACAGUCCUUGCACAGCAAAAUAGAACAGAUAGUUCAUAGUUACGGUACUUUUUUGGUUACCUAGGUUAUGUGAUUAUUAUUUUUUUUUUGUGUAUAUGUAUAUAUUUUUUUUCUUUAAAAUGUUUUAUUAUUUAAAGAGAAGUUAAAACAGGCAAAUACCUUGAAAUGCAAACUUCUUUCCAUUUUCAAUUAAGUUCUAAAGGUGCUAGCUAUAUUUUCCAUGGAGUGUCAGUUGAUUUAAGAGUAUUACAAUCCCAAAGAGGAUUAGCUGGGAAAAUCUGUUUUGUUUUCUUUGAGAUCUGAUGUGUAGCGUACAUCAGUGCUUGCUAAGAUCAAUUAACCAAGAUUUGCAAUGACCAUUUUCUAAGUUUAGCACUUGAAACUCAAACAAAAGUCUUUGAGAUUUUGCUUUAACUAGUUUAAAGGGACAGUCAACACCAGAAUUUUUGUUCUUUAAAAAGAAAGAUAAUACCUUUAUUACCCAUUCCCCAGUUUUGCAUAACCAACACUUUUAUGGAAAUACACUUUUUACCUCUAAUUACCUUGUAUCUAAGCCUCUGCAAACUGCCCCCUUAUUUCAGUUCUUUUGACAGACUUGCAUCUUAGCCAAUCAGUGCUGGCUACAUGGUAAUUUCACGUGCAUGAGCUCAAUGUUAUCUAUAUGAAACACAUGAACUAAUGCCCUCUAGAGGCCAAAGUCAUUCAGAUUAGAGGCAGACUUCAAUGUCUAAGAAAUUGGCAUAUGCACCUCCUAGAAUUAGCUUUCAACUAAGAAUACGAAUAGAACAAAGCAAAAUUGGUGAUAAAAGUAAAUUGAAAAGUUGUUUAAAAUUACAUUCCCUAUUUAAAUCAUAAGGGUUUUUUUUUUUGUACUUGACUGUCUCUUUAAAAUGAAAGUUGCUGUGGCCUGUUGUAUAUCUACUAAUAUGUAUUGUGAAUAGUUUCUCAUCGUUCUUCCAUUUGUUUACAUAGUAUGAAUUGGAAUUUCUAAUCACACAAAUAUGUAAGAGGAAUAUUUUUGUCGCUUUUUUUUUUUUAAAUCCAUUUAGUAGUGCAAGAGUUCUAAAAAUUGCGUUUCAAAUACUGCUCGAAGAUCCAACUAAAUUGGCUUAAAUCGCACUCCUCCAGCCAAGGCGUAUCUUGCUAACUUGCUUGUUAAAGCGAGCAUUCUUUCCAUUGACUGCUUCUUUUUUGAAGCUUUAUAUUUUUCCUAUUAAACUGUGGUGUUAGGUGAUUAUGACAGUCUGUUCUCUAUGCCCAGCACUUUGUCAUCUCUAAGGCAAGAAUUUCCAUUCCAAACCACUUUACACCAAUACAGAUAGUUACCACUGCAAUGUGCUUUGAGUAAUGCAACUUUGUGCUUUGGACAGUAUUACAGACCUAACUGGCAAGUGCUUUCCUAUAUUUAAAUAUUGUACCAACAAAAUACGUUAUAACUGUCUUAAAGCUGAACUCCUUUCUUGUUUGAAUGUCAGUCACUUUGUAUGUUUGUUUUUGUAAAUGUUUCUGCUGUAUUUAUUAAACAUUUUUUUUUCUUUACAUAAUAAAAGCUUAAUUCAGGUUUA